GAUAGUGCAGGGCGCACGGGUCUUGAGUGCCAAAUUUAGCAGACGGCUAAAGGGGCUUCCAGACGCUUCCUUGCCACGGUUGGUCAGCCGACGGCAAACGCCCUCAGCCGGACCAGGGACUCACUCACUCAAUUAUCCCUUUGUAAGGUGACGACGUCUGCUCUGCCUGAAGCACAUCACGGGAGGCGCAAUUAGCAAACGAGGAUUAGCAAACAAACAGACAUCAAAGUAUUUAUUCCACGGAACCCCAAGAUGGCGUCGGGCUCGGAUUCCGACGCUCCAGAAACGAGCUACAUCAUGAAGGACAGGGAAGACGCCAGCCUCGUCGGCAAGCACUGCCAGUACGAAUACUGCAACCAGCUCGACUUCCUCCCCUUCUUCUGCCAGUCCUGCACCAAGACCUUUUGCCUGGACCACCGCUCAGAGUCGGCUCACAAGUGCGCAAACGCGGGCGCCUGGGCGGAGCGCAAGCGGCAGGCCCAGCUGUCAAAGCCGUCCAUCGGCCAGGGGAGGACGCUGCGGGACAAGAUCUCGGAGAAGCCAUGCGCGUCGCCAGAGUGCGAUACGACAAUCGGGACGGCGCGGACGCCAGGGGUGCACUGCGAGACGUGUAACCGGGACUACUGCCUGAAGCAUCGCUUCAAGGACGACCACAACUGCAAGAACCUGACGCCCAUCGGGGCGCGGCCUGUUCAGAUCGAUGUCGCGGCGAGGACGAAAUCCGCGCUGGACCGGCUUCGAGCGUGGGGGACGGCAAAGAAGGAGCAGGCUGGAAGAGCGCUGCCCAAGCCCAAGCCCAGCUCGGCAGCGGCACGAAUGGUGGCCGUCAACACUCUGAAGAAGACUGCAAAGGGCGACGACAAGCUCGCGCCGGAGAAGCGCGUCUACGUGUACGUGGAAGCCGAGGCCGAGACAGCAAAGGCCAAGUUUCCCAAGGGAGAGUUCUUCUACUCCAAGGAUUGGGUCGUCGGUCGAUUAUUAGAUGCGGCAGCACGGAGUCUCCAAGUACAAAACGUCAACAACCAGAGUUCAGAUGAGAGAGACAAGCUACGAGUUUUCCACGUCGAAGGAGGCAGAGUGCUUGAUUAUGGGGAGAAGGUGGGCGCGGCGAUACAGAGCGGGAAUACCCUGGUUUUGCUGAGGGGCGUUGGUGCCCCUGCAGACUUGAUAGAGGUUUGAAAGAAGAGCGGAAUUAUACAAGAGGUAAUACGGGCGUUUAUGA